CGCGCGCGGAGGCGGUCCGUUGCCAAGGGCGAGGUUUGGUUGAGUCCUCGCGCUGCAGCCAUUCAGCGGCGGCGGUUGGCCCGGAGGGUCUCGGUGACGGUUUUUGUGGAAUUUGAAUUAUCCGGAACGGCACGGCUCGACGUUCACAGUCGGCGGCUUUAACGGGGCCAAGUCUGGGUCGCGGAGGUGAUCACAGGGAGCUCAGUGAUGAAUAAACUACGGCAGAGCUUCCGCCGUAAGAAGGACGUCUAUGUGCCGGAGUCCAGCCGGCCACACCAGUGGCAGACCGACGAGGAGGCGGUCCGCGGCGGGAAGUGCAGCUUCGCAGUCAAGUACCUGGGUCAUGUGGAGGUGGAGGAGUCCAGAGGGAUGCACAUCUGUGAGGACGCCGUCAAACGGCUGAAGACGGCGGGGAAGAAGGCGGUGCGCGCCGUGCUGUGGGUCUCUGCGGACGGGCUCCGGGUCGUCGAUGACAAAACCAAGGACUUGAUUCUGGACCAGACGAUAGAGAAGGUGUCCUUCUGUGCUCCGGACCGGAACUUUGAGCGGGCCUUCUCGUACAUCUGCAGGGACGGCACCACGCGGCGCUGGAUCUGCCACUGCUUCAUGGCCAUCAAAGACUCAGGGGAGCGGCUCAGCCACGCUGUGGGCUGUGCGUUUGCUGCUUGUCUGGAGAGGAAGCAGAAGCGGGAGAAAGAGUGCGGCGUCACGGCGACCUUCGAUGCCAACAGAACCACCUUCACCCGGGAGGGCUCCUUCCGCGUUACCACGGCAACUGAGGCGGCAGAGCGAGAGGAAGUGAUGCGGCAGCUGCAGGACGUCAAGAAAGUGGAGGCGGACGUGACGGCGGCCGGAAACCCCGCAAACUGCGUGACAAACCCUGUUGCGCCGCAGUCGGGAAGCCCCGCCUCCCCUUCAUCCUCGCCGCCCCUCUCUGUGGCCGCGCUGGGCCCCCAGGCCAUCCCGCGCAGACACGCCCCCGCCGAGGCGCUGGCGCGGCAGGGCUCCUUCAGAGGCUUCCCGGCACUCAGCCAGAAGACGUCGCCGUUCAAACGCCACAUGUCGCUGCGCAUGAACGAGCUGCCCUCCACCAUGCAGCGCCGGUCUGACUUUCCCAUCAAGAACGCAGUUCCGGAGGUGGAGGGCGAGGGCGACAGCAUCAGCUCGCUCUGCUCCCAGAUCACCACCACCUUCAGCGGCGCCCCUGAGGACCCCUUCUCCUCCGCCCCCAUGCCCAAGCCAACCUCUUCUCCACAGUCUCCUGUGGCUCCAGGUCCAAUGGCAGCGUUCCUUUCAACGGCGCCGGCAGCUGGGCCGCCCCCACCUCCCCCUCCGCCCAGCUGACCGCCGCCCCCCAGGAGGACGCUUUCGAGGCCCAGUGGGCGGCUCUGGAGGGCCGGGGGCGCCAGCGGACCACGCCCUCCCCCACAAACCCCUUCUCCACCGAGCUGCAAAAGACCUUUGAGAUCCAGCUCUAAGACUGAGGGCCCUGGGGGGACAGGCCCCGCCCCCACAGACACUUCCUGAACCUGAAGCAGAGAGAAGACGAUGCCAAAUCUUUAUUUUUAUGCAUUGAGUAUAUUUUAAAUAGCUUUGAAUGGAAGAGAGGAGACCGCAGAGAUGAUCGUAUAUAUGACAGAAAGAAAUCUAUCUCUACCGUGUCCACAUGAACGCAGCAGCUCUAGUUUUUCAUGUCAGAUGAAGGGACGGGGGAGAAAACGCUCCUUUUGUUGCAUCCUGUGAUUGGCUGUGAAGGAUCUGAUGAAAACAGCAACAAUCAGGCCGGACUGCGCAGACGCAGCUGCAGCCGCAGCUGCAGCCGCAGACGCUCCGCCUUCUGUGCUCUCCUGGUGUGGAAACAAUCUUUUCUGUUUUUUAAAUUAUUGUUAUUUAACUGUAAGAUGCAACAGUCUCGUUUCGCCUCCUGGGGUAUUUUUGAAGUAGUUGCGUUGUAUUUUUUUAAAUUUUGCACAAGCACUACAGCAGCUGCAGGUCGGGGGGUUCUGCAGACGGCCCCCCGCCGCAGAUGGUGUCAUCUCUCAGCCUGAUUUCUGUCAUGUUUUUAACAUUUUUAAUCAAACCUGUGAAAAUGAUUUUCUGAUCUAUUUUUCCAUUUUGUUUCUUUUUUUUCUUUUUUUUGGGGGGACAUGAGAGACCGCUGAAGCCAGAGGUUGAAUAAACUCACGCGGGAGAGGAAGUUCACGCCUGAUUUCUUGAUUCAAACCGGCAAACUUAUCAAAUCUAAUCACUAAAAUCAUAAAUUACAUAGAACUAUAACAUUUGUAUUCAGUUAAUUUGAUUGUUUAUAGAGUUAUAAAAUAAAUCUUUAUUAUUUUCAA